AUGAGGGAGCACCCACGAAGCAAAUGCCCUGGUGAGAAGGAGGCCGCAGUGAGAGACCUGGAUUCUGAAGAGUGGAGAAAGUGGAUCAAUCCAGAAAUAGUCAUAUUCAAGUGCGGUCUGCGGCUCGAACACAUUGACAAGGUCAAGGUCGACGCCGUCAUGAAAAUUCUCAAGCAAUCUUUGAGUGAAAGCGGCUUCGCCAAAGUUCAGGGUGCUAUGAAGACCAACAAGUUUCUUGGGGAGAUUUGUGGCAAGGAAGCCAUAUUGAAUGAGCACAGCUACUUGUGA